AGAAUAUUCUUUUUGGUGUAAUAUUUGGUGUUGUGGUUGGAGACUCAAAAAAUUUUAAUGUUAAAAUUAUACUAAAAUGGUGUGAUUUUGACACCAGAAUGAUGUUAUGGGUUGGAGAUGCCCUCAAGGGCCGACCCUGCAUACAAGUAAAUAUCGUAAUUUUGUUUAAAAAGUAAUUAGUUUCCAAACCAAUGGCAUAUAAAAAGAUGCAUUGACCAGUAAACGAUCGAGAGAACCGAAAAGAGAGGAAAUCAUCAAAGUCAAGUCUUUCUGUAUCAUGCUUCAUGUUAUCACCAUUCGUGGUUUCCUAUAAAAUUAUUUUCAUGAUCACUCCAUCUCCAUCCACCUAAAAUAUUAAUAUUGGUGUACAUUAUACAUUUUUUUGGUGUAAUGUACAUUACACAUACAUGUAUAUAUAUACAACUUUCAAUACAACACUGAAAUUAACUUACAUAUAAGCUAACGAUCUUAUGAAAUGUAAUUUUUGAAAAUUAGCACAUUACUAUAAUAAACUUCUGAUAAAAUAAAUAAAUAUGUAAACGGUAAAACUAAAAAUAUAAUCAACUGAUAGUAGUUUUAUGCGGACAUCUUCGAUAUGAUCAUGUUUGGAUAUAUUUUCUUUUCUUGUUUUUUGUUUGUGAAAAACAUAUAUUUUCUUCUUCUGGUGGAAGCGAUUUGCAAAAGAAAAAAUGUUAAAUUUUACUUAUCCUGGGUGAUGAUUAGUUGGUUAAAUACAGUUGCUUUAGAAAGUGUCAAAUAUUUUGUUCAUUAGAAAAUAAUAUAAAAUAUUUUCCAGUCUAAAAAGGAAACGAUUUGAAAUUUUAAAUAAUUAAGAAAAUUUAAUGUUUAAGAUGAAAAUUUAACGGAUGAACCUACUUGCGCUUAAGAAAACCUACCAUCAAACCCACAAUCAAAACGAAGCAAAUGUUUUCUAUAUACCCGAAGUAAUUUUGGGGUCAAUUUCGAUGCAAAGAAUAAUGAAAAUCCCUGAAAAGGCUGAACAUCCUUAUAAUUUAACCAUAGCUGAACUAUGCAGAUAGUAGUGACCAACUACUGAAUCACCAUAAAUUGUUUACAUCAAUAGAACAUUACCCGAAUAUUUUCAAUAAAAGAAAACAUUAUACGAAUAUUUAAACUAAAUACUAGUUUAUACAAUUACUUCCUCAACACUCAUAAUGAUUUUACACACUGCCCAAAUUAUUUGAUUGAGUUAUUAAAAUACAAAACGUAUUAAAAAUUGAAGGUACAAGUCAACGACCAUCAAUAGUUCUAUUUUAUUUUAUUUCAGGGUUAGUACGACCAUCAAUGGUUACAUCUCCUUCGCAUAUAUAAGUGUAACCUUAACCUUAAUCCUAAAGCAUAUGCAAUGAAUACACGGUACACCAAAGAAAAAAAUAAAAUAAACAGAGAAAACAAAAAAAAAGUCCAAUGAACAACAACUCGUCUAGAGCAGGCCAGUGGUUACAACACUAUGAACCACACCAAGUUCAAGAGCUUAGUCCAUGCUUCAAUGGUAUUAAUAUGAUGCCAUCAUCCCUCGGAGACGGCGGUGGUAUUGUGGAGGCUCAUGAAACGUCUGGAAGAAGAUCUAGGGCUUCGAGGAGAGCCGUACCAACGACUCUUCUGAACGCAAACCCUAGCAAUUUCCGAGCUCUUGUGCAGAAAUUCACUGGACGCUCUUCUGGUGGUGAAUCCAACCGUAGAAGGGGUCCGGUGACUCUGGAUUUCGGUUCUCCAACUACAAUCUCGAAAGAAGCUAUCUUUCCGGUCUCCGGAGAUCGAAAGAGUUAUGGUCACGAUCAUGUGCUUAACCAGCAUGUGAAUAACGAGCGUCACGUGACUUGGUCAGGUACGGAAGCUACGACGACCUAUCAGCUGGGUGAAGAAAGUAACUCCGUGUUUGAUCAACAAGAUCAUGAUCUUUUGAGGGAAUAUUCAGUGAACAGUAGUUAUGAUGAUGGCUUGGAUCAUGUGGAUUAUUAUUAUCACGAUUUUCACCAAGCGACGGAAACGUUGGAGGAGUUUAUGAUGAGCGAUCUUGAUUUAUAAUAUAGCUUCUUUUUAGUAAUUAGAUGAAGAUGAAAAUAAUGAUUAUCAUGAUGUUACUACUCAAGGGGAUUUUUUUUUUUUGGGGGUGGGGGGGGGGGGGGGGGGGGGAGAAAGAAUAUUUCAUUAAGCAUUUCUAAUAAUAUGUGUAAUAAACAUUUUGUUUUCUGUUCCUAUAGAUGAUGAAGAUUUUGUACGUCGAUUAUCUUACUCUAUUUUCUUGAAAAUGUGGAUUUAAUAUAUAGUUCGAAACUUGACAUAAGAUUUAAGAAAGGGUGAUUUUGUUUUACAUUUGUAGGAAUGUAAGUACAUACGAAAACAUUUUUCUUGUACCUAUAGAAAAGACUAAUAUAUUGAUGACAAAGCAGGACUAAUAUAUUGAUGAUAAAAACAUGUUAUGUCAAGUUUCGAACUAUAUAUUAAAUCCACAUGUUAUAAGAAAAUCACUUCAAAUACUUUGAUAUGUUUCAGUAAAAUGUACUGGAUCAUAUACAUCACAGUUAAACAACGACCAAGAUAUAAGGUAGUACUUUAUACUUCUUUUUUUGUUGUUGUUGUUGUGUUAUAACUCUCUAUACGUUCUUUUUGUGUUAUAACUUAGGUUUAAAUAUUUUUGAUAUGCGUGUGUGAACAAUUGAUCUAGUACAUAUACAAUAAUUACACAUGCAAAAGUGAAUGACACAAAUAAAACUAAUAAAGAAGUAAGGUGAUGUCGGAGACUUAGUCAUAUACUCAUGUUCAAAAACGCGUACAUUUUUCGUUAUUUUUUAUGUAUUGGUGACAGUUUACAAACAUUUGAAUGAAGAAAAUUCUGCAACGUAAGAGAGAUAUUUAUUUAUGCUGUAAUUUCAUCAGUGAAGCCGACAGAGAGAAUUAGUCAAAAUAAAGGCCAAAAGCAUCAUCAGUUGAACAAUGUCCGCAGUCAAAAAAUUUACUCAAUUCUGUCUCCAAUUGAUUUAGAGAUAAUGAAAAAUCUUAGUUCUCGGUCAAAGUUUAAUAUCACUCCUACGGAUUAUAUCGCAAAGUCAACUUUGUGUAAAUGGUUGUUAGAUUCCGUUCACAUUUCACUGACAUGCUAAAAUUGGGUUCAAACUUGCUUUAAAAGAAAUUAUCUGAAUUGUUAUACGUAAUAAUAGGUGCUGGAUGGACCAUAUAUUGGUUCAUUCGUUAUUUUGUUUUAGUGAAUCCAAGUGAAUAUAUAGGCUAUACAGUUUGUUUUCUAACUGAAUAAAUUGAAAUCAUUUUUACAACGUGAACGUCACGAUUUGGUAAUAACCAUAUAGUAAAAAAAUUGCAUAUCAUAUCGCCGAAUAUCCAGUAUAAAAAAAACAUACUGGAGAAUGGACUCGAAGAAAACUCUAAUUUCUCGAUUAGAUUUUGACUCAUUACUUCAUAUGAUAGCACCUGACCCAUUCAAACAAGUUAGACGCAUAGCUUUGUCCUGCACGCAUAAGCUAAUUGGUUCUACGAAAUUAUGAAUAGAAAUACUUGGCGAGAUAAAGACUGACACUUUAUCAUACAUGUAAGGAAACAAUGUAUUGAUAGCUAUGUUAAAUUUAAAAAAAUAUAAAGUGACUCUUGAGCAUUAAGCAAGGACAAUUAACUUCAUCGACAAGCAAAAUAAACACACACACA